AUGGUUGCCAUUAAUAUCUUUCACGAACCUACAUUUGCAGAAAAACUCUCAAACAUUCCUUCACUCUAUCAAUUGACUGCCCUGCUCGCUGCAAUAGUUGGGUAUGCCUCACGGUUCCAAGCCCCCAGAGACAUGAGAGCCGACAUCCCGCCUCGUGAUAAUGAGAAGCCUGAACACUUUGUUAGGCGUGCUUUUCAAUACGCGAACAAGGCUCUUGUAGAGUGUGAUGACGAGAUGCCACCUCUUUGCGUUCUGCAAGCGCUCAUCAUUGCAACGCAUUGCCAGCUCACCCGAGGUGUCCGCGGAAAGGCGUGGAGGUCUUUGGGCCUCUGUGUUCGUCUGGUAUACGAGCUAAGCCUGCACCAACUUGACAGUGAAAUUAGCGCCAGACCUACCGAUACCCAACAGUGGCAAGCGGACGAAGAAAAGCGUCGUGCCUUUUGGGCGGUCUUCGAAAUGGAUAUUUUCGCCAGCACUAUUCGGCAAACACCAACGGCGAUCGACUGGGCACACAUGGAGGUACUACUGCCGGUUGAUAAUGCCAAUUGGUUCCAGGGCCAGCCGGCUCCAAGCUGUUUCAUGGACGCCGAUAAAAACCAGUGUUGGAAGGCGCUCCAGGAUAGCGGCAAUCAGUCCCCGAAAGCAUGGUUCCUCGUCAUCAAUUCCAUGAUGAAAGUUGCCCAUUACAUCUCGGAUUCCCAGCGACUAUCUGCUAUGGGCAACAGUGGCCAUCAGCAGUCGAGUCAGCGUACCACUUGGGUCGAGGAGAGUCGACAGAAACUGGAGAAGCUGGGAAAUGCAGUGCGUUGCUUUAGUCUGGCUUUACCGGCGCAUUUGCGAUAUUAUGAUCAGUAUUUAUCCUUCGGUGCGCCGGUACAGGGACAAUUGGAAUCUCAACGGCAGCAACAUUGUUCCUUGUACAAUAUCUUUGUCAUGACACAGCUUACUCGGUUGAUGAUCCACAGAUACGAUGCAUUCAGGCCUCAGAGUCGUCAAUCUGACAUCAACGCCGGUUCCCGACCUGGCGAUGUGGCCGGUGCGAUUCCAUUCAAUCCACAAGAUACCGAGAGCGCGGCGCAGCGACAGUACUAUGAAGCAGCAGAUGGCAUCCUACGAAUUGUCAGCCAAAGCUGCGAGGAGCAUAUCCAACACAUCAACCCCUUCCUAUCUAGUACGAUAUGGCUUGCCUCGGCGGUGCAGCUGGUGCGCAAGCACUUUGCUCGAGCACCUGCCAGUCGAAGCUUGAUUAAAUCACGCUUUGACGUUCUCUACCUGACAUAUAGACGCUGCGUCGACUUUUGGGGCACGCAAACUGCCAUGCAGCGAAAUCUGGAGUCUCUUGAAGAGCAGCUCGAGGCUAGGAAACGAACGAUGGAUGCGCGCGAAAGCCAGUCUUCGUCUGACCAGACCAGCCACGUUGGGCACCAGAAAAGAAAACGGACACUCCCCACUAUGCCGCAUUUUACGGCGACGAAGAAGCCUAGACACAAACAGCCUCAGUAUAUACCGGAAUCACCGCGGGAUUAUGCUGAGGCUUCGACAUUUGUCGAUGGCGGAACAGAUGUCGUAGCCCAGGGCUAUGCGAGACACCAUCCCGAUGCGGUUGAUAGUAUGGUGAUGUUGGGGAUGAUGCCUCCUUCACAAGAUAGAAGCCAGACAUCUGGGCAGUACUUGAUGCCUCCCAGUUCUGAGUUUUUCGAUCCAGCAAUGGGUCAGGCCCAACAUGAACAGGUUCUUGAUUGGCCUACCUUCGACUUUUCGGGUGGUAUACAGGAUUUACUUGCCGGAUGGACUGCAUAUUGA